CAUAUGAAAUAACAAAAGAAAAUAGUGAGACGGGAAAAUUAGAAUUUUUAAUGAAAUUUCACUAUGAAAAUAAUAUACGUGAUUCAUGUGCAAUUUAUUCUAUACAACGAAUUAAACGUUUAGCACAAGAACAAAGUACUAUCUCAACAUCAUUACCUUUGUCUUGUAAUUCAACGAUAUUUGUGAGAAUAGACGAAAAUAGAAUGGAUAUAAUGAAGGUAUUGAUGACGGGACCUGAUUCAACACCCUAUGCAAAUGGAUGUUUUGUAUUUGAUGUUUAUUUUCCAAAUGAAUAUCCAUUAGCACCUCCAUCUAUCAAUCUCGAAACAACUGGAAAUCAUACUGUCCGAUUUAAUCCAAAUUUGUAUAACGAUGGAAAAGUAUGUUUAAGUAUAUUGAAUACAUGGCACGGUAGACCAGAAGAGAAAUGGAAUGCAACGUCAACAUUUUUACAGGUUCUUGUAUCAAUUCAAUCACUGAUAUUUGUGUCUGAGCCUUAUUUCAAUGAACCAGGCUAUGAAAGAAUGCGUGGUACAUCAAACGGUAAUAUACAAUCAUUGGAGUAUGAUGCAAAUAUACGUCAAGCAACAGUCAGAUGGGCAAUGUUAGAGCAAAUUCGAAAUCCUCCUGCUUGUUUUCAAGAUGUUAUUAAACGACACUUUUUUCUUAAGCGAGUUGAAAUAAUGGAACAAUGUGAUAAUUGGAUACGUGAAUUAAGCGGUAAAAAUGCAUAUGAAAAACGUUUGAGUACAACUGUCAAUCAGCAUUGUUCGUCUCUUAUUCGUUAUACGAAUGAGUUGAAAAAAGAACUUAAUUGUUUACAACCACCAGAUGAUUUAGAAAUUAAACCAAAAUUAGCUCAACUAUUAAAAUACGAUUUAAAACAACAACAAUAUCAAUCAGCAACAUUCACUACUGAAACAAAUAAUAAUAAAAAUGUUACAGCACAAACUACUUGGAAACCAGAAACAUUGAAUAUAGGUAUUGUUUCACCGGAAAAAACGAUGAACGAUGAACAUUCAAUAACAAUCAAAGUUUUACCCAAUUUACAAUAUAAUAGUUUAAAUGACAAACAAAGUGAUUAUCAACAACAACAAGAUAAUAUGGCCACAUCGACAACUGAUACUUCGGUAUCAUCUCCAUUAUCCUCACAACAAACAUUAUCUAAAACUGAAACAGCAACAAAUUCCUCUCCUUAUUUUCCAUUUGUUUAUUCGUUAGAAAAUAAUUCAUCAGCCGUCUCACCAUCAUUCACACUACCAGAGCAAAUAAAUUCCACAUUACCUCAGCAUUUUGCCGAUGAAGAUAGCUGGCAGGAUGAAUAUGACGAUAUAGAAGAAUUGUAUGAAAAUGGUACGAUGGACGAUGAUGAUGGUGCCCUUGAUUGUGUUCACGCUUGUUUGCAUUUAUUUGCUGCUGUUUUAGAAUUAGAAAAAGCUCUUACUUUAUUCGAUCAAGCACGUAUUAAAGAGCAAAUUCGCGAAGAUAAUUUACAACGUUUUCGUGACUUAACACAAAAACGACGUAAAGAAGGAGCAAAUUCCCCAAUACCAAGUGUGCAAGUUCAAAAAAUUGUUCAAAAAUUGUUAAACAAACGUGAACGAAAUGUUAAAGAAAGUAAUGAUUUGUUUCUACAGGAUGAAUUGAAAAAGAAAAUGAAUAACUAUGUGGUGAAAAAAUAUAUGGACGAAAAAACGAAAAAAUGCCGUAGUAAUUCAUGCAAAGAAAAUGAUGUCAUAGAGAACUCCAGUAAGAAGAAAAAAAUAUUGGAUAAUGAUGAUGAUAAUGAUGAUGAUUUCAUUGAUACUACAAAGAAUAAACGCCAAAAACUAGAAGAAGCAGCAAAACCAAAGAAUACGACAAUACCAAUACUAUCAACAAUAAAAAUUUCUAGAACUACUGAUGUAAAAAUGUGUCUUGAUGAAAUUAUUAGUGAAAUAGAGAAUAAUGAAGCAAUUUGUCCAAUAUGUAGUAAUUUUUUUCAUAAUUUAACAGCAAACGAACGUUUAGAACAUGUUAAUCAAUGUUUGGAUUUACAAAUAAAACAUGAUGAUCCAAAAAUAUUACCAAAGCAACAAAAAAGUUUAUUAUCAUAUCCAACGUUUUCACAUACAGUCAAAAAAGCAUCGUUAACGUCAGUAAAGAAAUCAUCUACAAAUUAUAAUUGUCAAAUAUGCGGUGUUAACUUUACUGUAAAACGUACAUAUCUUUCACAUUUAAAAAAAUGUUCUACAAAAUAUGGCGUACAAUUGUCAUAUGUUGUCAAUUUUGCUGGAAAAGAAUGUGGUAAUAUACAAACAAUACCAAAUUCAAAUGAUAAUUCUGUAAAAAAAGAGAAAAAAACAAAAGUAACGAAUACAAUAAAAAAUAGAGUAUUAAAAUUGGAAAUACCUCAAACCAAAGACGACGAACAACAACAUUUGGCUAUUGCACUCUCGUCGUCCAUUAAAUCAUUUUUCGAACCACCUCCUGUUGUAGAACAACAAUCAACCAGCAGUAAAACAAUCUCAGACAUCACAAAAACGAAAUUAUAUAGUAUAUCAAAUGAUAUUAAAAUACAAACAUAUUCCGCUCGUUUGUCAACGUUGUGUGAACGUUUAACAUCGAAUGGUGAAUAUGCUGACAAAUUGCGUGAUCUUGUGGCGUCUGGUGAUGAAAAAAUAAAAGAACGAUUAUUUAUUGAUUUGAAUCCUGAAACACGUAAGGGCCGAGUAAAGUUUGACGAUAUUGUGUUUAAGGCAACGCUGUACGAUUUACCAUGUAUAAUAGAAUCUUACAAAACAUUUGAUCGAAAAACAUUGUAUAAAAUUGCUGAUAUUUCUCAGUUGUUAGUAUGCCGUUUGCCGAAUGAUCAUAGUUCAAGUGAAGAUGAUGAGAAACAUAAAAAUUUAAGCGAUAUAGAAUCAAAGACUAAGAAGAAAAAAGAACAUGAGAAAAAGUUCCAAUGGCCGCAUGGCAUUACUCCACCGUUAAAAAAUGUACGUAAACGUCGUUUUCGAAAAGUAGCUCGACAGAAGACACAGGAUCAUGCGGAAAUUGAAAAAGAAGUACGCCGAUUAUUUCGCGCUGAUAAUGAAGCAGUCAGUGUUAAAUUUGAAGUGAUGUAUGACGAAGAAGAGACAACAACUACAACAACCACUGCAAAACAUAGCAAUCACCACACAACACAUGAGAAAGAACGAGAAAAAGAAGACGUUGCACAAACGGAUUUGUUCGGUGGUGCUGUUAGUGAAUCCGAUGAUGAAGCUUCUCAAACAAAAUUCUCAAUGAAUUCAGAUGUACCCGGCUCAGUGGGUGAACCAACAAAUGAUCGAAUUGAUUUUGAAGGUUUAUUCAGUUCGGCUGUGGGUGAUCUUCCAACCGAUAUGAGUACAGAUAUCCAUCUAGAUACUGACGCAAUUCAUUGGGGACAAAAUGAAGAAUUAAGCAAUGAUACACAAGAUGAAAUUGUCGAACGAACUGACAUGGUUCAUAUGGAUGAAACAACAAAAACAAAACUCAGUGAAUGUCGAGGGCAGCUUGAUCGUUUAAAUGAACAAAAGAAAAAUUUUGAAACAGAAUUAAAUCAAAUGACAAAUCCAGUUUUAAAAAGUAUGGUGAUGACAAGAUUAAAUUCUGUUCAAGCACAAAUAGAUAAACAACAAAGUGAAUUUGAACAAUUAACAAAUCAAUAA